CCGGGUUAACCUGUGUGAAGGCACCAGUGGUGCAUGUCUUCCUGUGGACCAGGCGCCCCAGCCUGGGCAGGACAAGCAGGAAAACCACCAGCUCAAUGGGGUCUACAUCAUGGGCAAUCACCACCAGCUGAGAUUUCUUGUUCUCCACCAAGGUGGUGACUAUAUUGACUCCUGCUCAGUGGACAGGUGGUCUCUCAGUUGGGACGUCGCCUUUGCCAGCAGCUUUCUUCUCAGCAGGGGCCAGUAGCCUUUGCUUCUUCUUUUGCUUUGUCUCUGGCCUGUACUUGUGGGCAAGCUUAAGCAGCUGAGUAGCUAUCUGCCUGUCCAGCGCCUGGGUAAACUGGUUAAUGGCAGGAGGUACUUUGAGCCGCUUGUAGAGGAUGGCUCUUUGCCUCUGCAGCAUGAUGUAACGGGGCCAUUUGACAAAGCGCGUUAAAUCUCUUUUGGGCUGGAUGGCCUUCCCAAAUGCCGAAAUUUGUGGGCCUUUUCUCAAACUAAGGAUUGACCACUUUUUUGGCCUCCUGGUCCUUGACACCGGUGGGGCACGGGGCCACCUUCUUCCCUUGGCUGUCUUUCCUUUAGGCAUCUUGCUUGGCUGGAGGAGAAAGCAUGCACACAGUUCUUCAGACUAGAUUUAAUGUCUGGUUUAUACAUGGGUGGAAAGGCAAGAAGUUUUUUGUCUCCUUUUACAAGAACACCAAUCUCAUCAAGGAGGUUCCACAUUCAAGACUGGGAUUACCUCCCAUUGUCCCUCUGAGCCUUAAGACCAUCAUCACCUUGGAAGACAGAGUUCAAUAUGGAAAAUUUGUCGGGGACACAUUUAAAGAAGAGCAUUAGGCUGAUAAUGGAAACGCCUCCAGAGAUGCCCUCCACUGAUGGCCACACGCGAGAUAUAGUUACAGAAAGAUAUGUGGUUGAGUCUAAGAAGUCUGCAGCUCAUGCUCCACUUGCUUGUAGCACACAACACUGUGCUUUUCCUCUAGAUGGGAGCCAUCUCUGUGUGUGGAGCUCCAAGGACCCUUCUCACCAGCUUCUCACCCUACAAGGACACCAUAAAUUGAUUACUGCUGUGGUUUUUGGAAAUCAGAUAGAUCCACUUCUCCUCUGCUCUGCAUCAGAGGAUUAUAUUAUAAUGUGGAACGUGGCUGAAUGCAGAGAGAAGACACUUAAAGGGCUGACUCCUCGAGGGACUAUCCUGGGCUCCCUUUUACAAACAGUGUUGUGUUUGCGAUUUAGUCUGGAUGAUCGUGCUGUUGCAGUGUGUGCUGGAAACAAAAUAUCUGUGAUGGAUGUGGAGAAGCAGUCUGUGCUGGUAGAGUUGAAGGGCCAUCAAGGCUCAGUGACAGCAGUGGAGUUCUGUCCCUGGCAAGCACACACCCUCAUCUCUGUGUCUGAAGACAGAAGCUUUAAGGUCUGGGACUUUUGUGUGGGAUCCUUGAUAUACAGUUCAUCCAUUUUAACAGCUUACCCUCUCCUGAAUUUGCUUAUCAAUGAAGAAAACCAACAGCUGGUCACCGGCAGUGCUGAUGGCCAGCUGUGGAUCUUUAGUUUGAUGGAGGGACAUCACUACCACUGUGUGGCACGUGUGGACGUAAGGAGGAAAAGGGAGACUUUCGUCACCCGAAGAAUGAUGGCUGAGCAGUGCAGCCUGCCAGGAGACCAUCAGUGCCAGAACAGACAUGAGGUGGAUAAAAGGGGAGAGGCUGAAGCAACAUUCCCUAUCCUGGACCUGGCGCCCUGUGACCUCUGCCUGCCGGAUUCCCAGUGUGGAGCUUUUGCUUCUGAGUGCACCAAAUGUCUAUGGAUUGGAAGCUCAACAGCUCUAUUCAUAUUGAACCUGGCAAGCUUUGAAUUGGAAGCCGCUUUACACUUCAAGGAAUUUCAGAGCCUGAGCGUCCAAGUUGCUGGGUCCUGUGCAGUGAUGAGCGAGCCCAUGAGCGCCAAGGCAUUUUGCAUGCUUUCAUCUAUGUUUGGGAGUAAGAUUGCUGUAUUGGAAAUCGACUUGGCUGCUCUGCUCAGCGCUCAGCAGUACCCUCGGGCAGGAAGGGUGCUUUCUGUGCUGGCAAGCUCCUGUGUCCUGCCAACUUCUCCACUGUAUUUUGGAAUUAUUAAGGAAAAAUUUCCUAAGCUUGCCAAUACCAAACAACAUGCUGUGAAGAGUGUCAUGGAGGACAGGCCCCUGGUUUUCCACACUAAGGUUAGGUCAUCUGGCUAUACAUCGGCACCGCAUAUGGCUAUGUUUUCUCCAAAGACUAACAUCAAACAUGAUAACAAAAGAUCUUCAAAGUACAAGAACAAUUACAAAUGUAAAGAGUGCUCUUUGGAGAAUUUCCUACCCAGAAAUCUCAGCAGACAGGUUGCUGUAGCCCAGAAGCCUGUUGCUGUGAGCUGUUUGCAGUUCUCAGGGGAUGGACAGCAGCUGGCCUGUGGCUUAGGUAACCACCUGUCCCUGGUCUUCAACGCCAGCCUUUCAGGAGCACCGGCUGCCUUUUCAGGUCAUGAUGGAGCUGUGAGCACUAUCUGCUGGAGCCAUGACAAGAGGUGGCUGCUGUCUACAGGCCGAGACCGGACACUGAGGGUGUGGUCAGUUCACAGGACAGAACUCAUGCUGCUUUUGGCUCCAGAUGCUUUUCCCAAGCCAGUAACAUCUGCACAGUUCUACUACAUGGAUACCUUCAUACUGCUGUCUUCUGGCCCAGAGUUUUGCCUGCUGAAGUACCACAUUGACCUCUGUAGGGAUGACAUACGAAGGUAUAAACCAAAAAGCAGGUAUAAGCCUAUUUUCAGGUUGCCAAUGACCAGUGGGGCAGACAUAACCAGCCUGUCAGCGGUGAACGACUUUUAUUCCCACAUCAUCCUCACAGCUGGCCGGGACCGGGCUGUUGAAGUUUUUGAUCUCAAUGCUGGCUGCAGCGCUGCAGUGCUUGCUGAAGUCCAUUCCAGGCCUGUUCAUCGAAUUUGUCAAAAUAAAGGAUCAUCCUUUGUAGCCCAGCAUUCCCUGGCAUAUAAUCUUUUCCUGACUGCAGCUGUUGGUGAUGGAAUUCGACUGUGGGACUUGAGGAACCUGAGGUGUGUGCGCUGCUUUGAGGGGCAUCCAAACCGCUCUUACCCUUGUGGAGUUGCUUUUAGUCCUUGUGGAAGGCUCAUGGCUUGUGGUGCGGAGGACAGACAUGCUUAUGUGUAUGAAAUGGGCUCCAGCAGCUUUCUGCACCGUCUUGCAGGACACACAGAUACAAUUACUGAAGUGGCCUUCAACCCAGCAGCUCCUCAGCUUGUCACAGCCACCUUAGACGGGAAACUUCAGCUAUUUGUGGCUGAGUGAUGGCCAUUGUGCUGGUAAGAAUAUGAGAAGAAAGGAGAGAAAGAAUCCAUGGCUUAGCUAUUGAAGUGGAUGGGCAGUUUCCAUAGGAGGCCCUUGCUGCUCUCCUCUUCUGUAGGACUGACCCUCAUCUGAGAGUCCUUCCUCUCAAGCAAACCCUCAGGAACAAUGGAAAUGAUACUCUUCAAUAAAGA